UCUUGUAUUUCAUUUUUUUAAAUGUAAAUUGUACAAAGCAUUGUUAAGAUAAGAAAUUGUUUCAAUAAACUAGGAAAUGAUCAGAACUUUUCCUUUUAUGAUAAAGGGACCAUAUUUUCCAAAUUGCGACUACCACAGAGAGGUAGUGAAAGGGGAGAUUCAGAAAGUUAAAACACUUGGGUUUAGAAUUUGAGGGGAAAAAAUGGAAUCUGAAACAAAAGCUGGUACUGGAAAUGAUUCCAAUGUAUCUUGUUUUGCAGUUGAUGGUGUUGUUGCUGAAAUGGUGAUUGAUAUUGAUGUUGAUGAUUCCCCUCAAAAAUUAAAAGACAUAACGUCACAAAAAUCUAAACCUAAUUCUGAAGUUUUGUGUGAUGAUUUAUGUAGUGAGUCAGUGACUACUUUAGAUGAAGAAAUUGAAGAGGUGCCGAAAGAAAAUGAAAAUUCAACUACUUUGAAAUCGAAUAAAUUAACAGGUGAUGAAUCACUAAAUGAGGAUGUCAUGGAGAUCAAUGAAAGUGAACAUUUUGAUGCAUCAGCAAAACUGGGGAGCUCCUCAAAAGAAGACGAUUUAAGGAAAGGCUUAAUUUCUGACUUGAAUCAGAUUAGAGAAGCUGCUAGGCUAAUUGAUGAGAACAAAGAUGAAAUACUAAAAGUUACACAUUUGAGGAAAAAGAGUAAAAAAGGCUCAGAUUUGACUGACUCCAAGAAACUGGAUCUCACUUUAAAAUCAGCUGACGGAGAAAAAGAAUGUGAAUUAAAAAAGAUAUCAAAAUCAGAGAUGUUUAUAGAAAAAGGAAGUUCAGAAAAUAUUUUGCCCACAGCUAUCUCAACUAGAGGAAAUAAAAGGAAACUUACUGAAAUAGAGAAUGAUACUGUAAAAAGUAAAAGAAGGAAAAAUACUGUUGUAAAAGAGGAGUCUGAAUCAAAGGAAAGGCAGGAAAUACAAAGUCAGUCCAAUUCUGAAAGAAUAAAUUUGGUGCCAUUAUCUAAUUCAACAUUCAAGAAGUAUGAUAUGUUUGAGAAAGAUUCAAGGCUUAUGAACUUCUUACACUUUAAAAAAUCCUUAAAUGAAGUUGAUUUAAAGUUUUCAAGGCAGUUCUACAGAGUACUAUUUGAUAAAUGGGCUCCUAUUGAUGUUGCUCAAUUGAAAAUAGAAAUUCUGGAAUUUGGUGGUUUUCCAUUUGAUAGAUUCUCUGAAGAAGUAUUGAAGAGGAAACAUAUAUUAAAGAAACUUCCAGCUUUAUCUUUAAAGAAAAUUUGUUACAUGUUGGAUUUGCCCAAAGGAAAGACAGAUGAUAUGAUUGAUUCUAUUUUAAAAUUCCUUCAUAAGCCAACAAACACUGUGCAUUGCACUGUUGAUCCGUUUCAGAGCUGUAUGCAACCAUUUGUAAAAUUAGAAAAAUUGCCAAUCGAGUAUAAUUCAUUAUUAGAAAAAGAAAAGAAACGUGAUAGCUCGAAUCAGCAAAGUAGAAAGGCUGGUCUACCUCCUAAGAAACUUUUGGAAUACAAGCAUUUAUUGGAAAUGGCAAAGAAAAAUUCUUAUAAUAUAAGUCAGCAGUUCAGAAAGCCUGGACAGAAAAAGAUUGAGAAUAAAUCUUUAACAACAAAGAAGCAUUCUAAUAACAUGAGCCAGCAAAAAAGAAAAGCUGAUCAACUACAGAAGAAAAAAACAAAUUCUCCACAAAAAACUGCUCGCCAAACAGGCACUAAUUUGCAGAAAAAAUCACUUAGCCCUGUUGUAGUUAUGAAAGAUGUGCAAAAAAGUUCACCUGAAGCUAAAUCUCUUUCAAAAAUUCUUCCUACAACUUCAGUUGCACCUAAAAAAGUAAAAGUUGCAGUUAAAAGUGACAAAAAAAUGUCUUCACCUAUAGAAGAGAAGAAAAGUUCAUUUAAUGUUUCUGCUGCAUCUACUUCAAGCACAAAAAAGGAAACAAUUACUAAAAAGGUUUCACGAUUAAAGAACCAAAAACUUGCUGCUGCAGGUGGGAAAAAGUCAGGAGAUGGAAAAAAACCUUUUAAAACUUUAAAGGCUCCUGUUCAAAAGAAGGCUUCACUUUUGAAAUCAGUCCAGAAGAAAAAAAUGAAGAAUAGAAUUAAGAAACUGAAAAAAGAAAUAUCAGAGUUGAAAGUAAAAGUAGACGAAAGUCAGAGCUUCAUAAAAGCCCAAGGCAAUGCUGAAAAUGGAGCUCUACUUCCUUCUUUUGGGAAAGGAAAGGAAAAUGAGGAUGAUCAAUCAAAUACAUCCUUUUUCGCUCAUCAGGAUUUACAUCAGGGAAAGUAUUCAAAAUGGAAAUUUCAGCGCUCUGCAACGUCUUCACAUUUUACUUUUUGGAGCAUCUGAUAAACCAGAAAAUUUGAAAGCAAAUAUUUUAGCCUUUGGAGGUUUUCCUUUUCUUGAAGGUUCUGAUGAUUGGAAACAGAAGGAAUUUUUAUUAUCAUUGCUCUCACUAAGCACUCUAAAAGAGUAUUCAACUUUACUUUGUAUCGAUCAUGCUGGUGACGAUCAACAAACUGUCAUAAAUAAAUUAAUGAAAUUCUUAGCAGCACCGGGUGGCUCUUCUGAAAUUGAAGUUGAAUUAAUGGAAGGUUUGCCAAUUUUUUUCCAUCCAAUUGUUUAUAUAUGUUUUUUAUUGUAGUAAUUGA